AUGCUGGCAAGUCUAACUUCAACCUUGCCAAAGACGGUAAUCACUCCCUCAGCGCACGAGGAAGACCGGGGAAUCGGACAGUCCAGCGAACAAGGCAAUGGUGAGGUGGACAUAGCCGAGUUCACCCAGAUAGUGUUGCAGCAGCAACAUUAUCAGCGUUCCCUUAUGGAAACUGCGACAAUGAGUAAAACACUUUCACGGAUCUCUAUCCGGCUUAUGAAUUACCAUCUGGCAGACAAGGUAACCACAUCCGAUUUUAAGAUACAGUUCCACCUUUAA